AAUAUUCUGAAGCCCAAAACAAAGUUCUCCCUAGACCUGAAACUGCUACAGAAGGCAGCUCUUCAACAGCCCUUAUCAUUGAUUCAAUUCUGCCUUUUCCUAGAAAUUACAAACUCAGUGUGGAUGCGGCUGUGCAAAGGCAACAUAAUAUCCAUGGUUAUGGUGCGAUUGUUCAAGAUCAUGUUGGCCGAGUUAUUGCUGGUUUUUAUUCCUCUGCUAUCUCAGGUUUGCCUCCUAUAUUUGUUGAAGCAAAAGCCCUUCUACGAGCUUUAAAUUAGUGCAAGGAAGUUCAUUUUCCAAUUGGUUUGAUAGUCCCUGACUGCCAAGUGCUCAUCUCCAAAAUCCUAAAGAAGCAGAAAGAUUUUUCAGCUCUUUCGGAUAAAGUUUGGCAAGUCAUUUUCUCUUUAUCUCAUUUUCCUCAUGCCACAAUCAAAUUCAUUCCUAGAAGACACAAUACGCUCAUGAUACGAAGCAAAAGGCAUUAGGAACUAAUAAGGAAAUGUUGUAGAACAAUUGUGUUUCACAUUCUUAGUUUUCUGUAUUUGGACCUUUAUUGCCUCAUCUUAGAUACAAAGCUUGUAUUUCUCAAAAAAAAAAAAAAAAUAGUUAUGAAAAUAACCCUAAAACUUUGUUGAAUAAUGAUGUUCACAAUAUACUGAGUAUUAAAAGUUUGAAAGAACCAAAGAAUGAGUGGAUAAGUUUUUCGAUCAAUGGUCGGAUAUAUUUUUUGUCAGGCUUUUUCUUUUGUUCUUCGUCUUCUAUCAAUGUUUUAAGUUUUAAUUUUGUGAUUGUAGACAUUUGGAAAAAAUUAAUAGAGGUAUUUAGCCGAUUACAAUAGGCGUAAUUUGUUUAGUUGGAUGAUCGGACGGUCAUAUUGGUGGCCAAACACGUCAUAAAAUUCCAAUCAACCACUCACAAUUUCUCAAUAACUUUUUUUUAAAAAAAAAUAAAAAAAUCCCAAAACUCACAGGAGACGAAAGUGAGAGAGCAAAGAACAGAACAGAGUAGUCUCUCUCUCUCUCUCUCUCUCUCUCUCUGAGCAAGAGAAAAAGAAGCCAAGAGUCGUCGUCGUCGUUUUCCGUUGGCCGGCCAAGAUGAUGCCGCCGGAGCUCCAACCACGCUCCUUCCGACCAUACAUAUCGUCCUCUCUGAGCGCUCCUUCUUUUUCCUCCUUCAGCAAUGGCUCCCCACCUUACUCUUCCUCCGAUCGGAGUCCUGAAUUGGACCCUUCUUCCACUUCUAGAUCUCUUAACAAUUCCCGUUUCUCCCCAGCUUCCUUUGCUCACAAUCUCAGAAUCUCCGUCGCCCUCCUUCCCUGCGCCGCCUUCCUCCUUGACCUCGGUGGCACCCUCGUCCUCGCCAUUCUCACCCUCGGCCUUAUGAUCUCCUACAUCGUCGACUCCCUCAACUUCAAGACCGGUGCCUUCUUCGGUGUCUGGUUCUCCCUCAUCUUCGCUCAGAUCGCCUUCUUCUUCACCUCUUCCCUCACCUCUUCCUUCAAUUCACUCCCGCUCGCUAUCCUCGCCGCCUUACUCUGCGCCCACACCAAUUUCCUCAUCGGCGUCUGGGCUUCCCUUCAGUUCAAGUGGAUUCAAAUCGAGAACCCUUCCAUUGUUCUCGCCCUCGAGCGCCUUCUCUUUGCCUGCAUCCCCUUCCCGGCUUCAGCCCUCUUCACUUGGGCCACCAUAUCCGCCGUCGGCAUCCACAACGCCUCUUACUAUCUCAUGUCUUUCAACUGCCUUUUCUACUGGCUUUACUCCAUCCCCCGUGUUUCUUCCUUCAAAACAAAGCAGGAAGUCAAGUACCAUGGGGGACAGGUUCCUGAAGAUAAUUUCAUUCUGGGGCCUCUCGAUUCCUGCUUCCACACACUCAAUUUGCUCUUCUUUCCUCUUCUCUUCCACAUUGCCUCUCACUACACCAUCCUCUUCUCUUCCGCUGCCGCUGUUUCUGAUCUGUUCCUCCUCUUCUUCAUUCCCUUCUUGUUCCAACUCUAUGCCUCUACCCGGGGUGCGCUUUGGUGGGUGUCUAAGAAUGCUCAACAUCUUCACAGCAUUCGGGUCAUGAACGGUGCUAUUGCUUUGAUUGUCGUCGUUAUCUGCUUGGAGAUUAGAGUUGUCUUCCACUCCUUUGGCCGCUACAUUCAGGUGCCCCCACCGCUCAAUUACCUUCUUGUCACCACGACUAUGCUUGGAGGAGCUUCCGCAGCUGGUGCCUAUGCUUUGGGCAUGGUUUCUGAUGCGUUCAGCUCCCUGGCGUUCACUUUUUUGGCUGUUGUAGUUAGUGCUGCUGGGGCAAUCGUUGUGGGUUUUCCUCUAGUGUUUGUUCCAUUGCCGUCUAUAGCUGGCUUCUACCUGGCUCGUUUUUUCACUAAAAAGAGCCUCCCAUCGUACUUUGCCUUUGUUGUGUUGGGGAGCUUGAUGGUGAUGUGGUUUGUAAUGCAUAAUUUCUGGGAUUUGAAUAUCUGGAUAGCAGGCAUGUCACUGAAAUCUUUUUGUAAACUUGUAACUGCAAAUGUUAUUUUGGCCAUGGCUGUUCCUGGUAUCGCUCUUCUUCCCGCAAAACUUCACUUUUUGACAGAGGCUUGUUUAAUUGCUCAUGCUGUGCUGCUUUGCCACAUUGAGAACCGAUUUUUCAAUUAUUCUGGUAUUUAUUACUAUGGCUUUGAGGAUGAUGUGAUGUACCCAAGCUAUUUGGUUGUUGUAACAACACUAGUGGGUGUGGCUCUAACUAGAAGAUUAUCGGUUGAUCAUCGGAUUGGUUCAAAGGCAGUUUGGAUAUUGACCUGCCUGUACUCUUCCAAGCUUGCUAUGUUGUUUAUUACGUCAAAGUCUGUUGUAUGGGUGUCUGCCAUCCUCUUAUUAGCUGUUUCUCCACCAGUACUUCUAUACAGGGACAAGUCAAGAACAACUUCUAAGAUGAAAGUUUGGCAAGGCUAUGCACAUGCUGGUGUGGUUACUUUAUCUGUCUGGUUUUGUCGUGAAACAAUCUUUGAAGCUCUCCAAUGGUGGAAUGGGAGAUCCCCAUCUGAUGGUUUACUAUUGGGUUUCUGUAUUGUUUUGUCGGGCUUGGCAUGUGUACCCAUAGUUGCGCUGCACUUCUCUCAUGCCCUGUCUGCUAAAAGAUGCCUAGCACUGAUAGUUGCAACAGGUUUAUUGUUUAUCCUGAUGCAACCACCUAUUCCUAUUCCUUUAACAUGGACUUACCGAUCUGACUUAAUCAAAGCUGCCCGACAGUCUGCUGAUGACAUCUCCAUAUAUGGCUUUGUGGCACCAAAGCCCACAUGGCCAGCUUGGCUGCUUAUUGGUGCAAUUCUGCUUACACUGGCAGCUGUUACAUCAGUUAUACCAAUUAAGUAUAUUGUUGAGUUAAGGGUGUUUUACUCCAUUGCUAUGGGUAUUGCUUUGGGUGUGUACAUUUCUGCUGAGUACUUCCUUCAGGCAGCCGUCCUCCACGCUCUCAUUGUUGUGACUAUGGUCUGUGCUUCUGUGUUUGUGGUCUUCACUCAUUUCCCUUCUGCCUCAAGCACAAAGCUUCUACCAUGGGUAUUUGCUUUACUUGUAGCACUGUUUCCAGUAACAUACCUUUUGGAGGGUCAGGUAAGAAUCAAAAGUAUCUUUGGAGAUAGUGGAGUUGGAGAAAUGGGUGAGGAAGACAAGAAGUUGACGACUCUACUAGCUGUUGAGGGAGCAAGGACAUCUCUUCUUGGUCUGUAUGCUGCAAUCUUUAUGCUUAUAGCUCUUGAGGUAAAGUAUGAACUUGCUUCACUAUUGCGUGAAAAAGCUGUUGAAAGGGGGGGAAUGAGACAUGUUCAAUCUGGCCAAAGCACAUCAUCCACUAGUUAUCCUCCAAGAAUGAGAUUCACGCAACAUCGGCGAGCAUCUACUGUGUCCAACUUCACAAUCAAGAGGAUGGCCAGUGAGGGAGCCUGGAUGCCUGCAGUUGGUAACGUUGCUACUGUAAUGUGCUUUGCAAUAUGCCUCAUCUUGAAUGUCAAUCUGACGGGUGGCUCAAACCGUGCAAUAUUUUUCCUGGCACCUAUUUUGCUACUCCUCAACCAGGACUCUGAUUUUGUGGCGGGAUUUGGGGACAAGCAGAGAUAUUUUCCUGUGGCUGUAGUUAUAUCAGUCUACUUGGCCAUGACUGCUCUGUACAGCAUAUGGGAAGAAGUCUGGCAUGGAAAUGCAGGCUGGGGCUUGGAAAUCGGUGGGCCAGAUUGGUUCUUUGCAGUGAAGAAUUUGGCUCUCCUCAUCCUCACUUUCCCCAGCCAUAUCCUUUUCAACAGGUUUGUGUGGAGUUACACUAAGCAAACAGACUCAACACCGUUGAUAACUCUGCCUCUAAAUCUUCCAUCUGUGAUAAUCACGGAUAUUCUGAAAAUUAGGAUAUUGGGUUUGUUAGGAAUCAUUUAUUCUCUGGCCCAGUAUCUGAUCUCUAGACAACAGUAUCUCUCUGGAUUAAAGUAUAUUUAGGCAACACAGAAUCUGUAGACUGUACAAUAUGUUUUUGGCAAAUAUUUCAAGUGAGGUGAAAGUUGGAGAUUGUCACUUGCUUCUUUCACAGUCCUUACUCUUUUUUGUUUAGGCUUUUGAAUGCAUGGAAUUGCUAGAAGCAUCAUCCAUUACCUUUUUUGAGUUAAUUAUAGCAAAAACAUUCCAAUAUGUGAACUAACCUUGUAAACGUUACUAAUGGUUCCUCCUUGGUUAUCUUAACCAUUUUAACUGAACAUUUUGACUUAAUGUUGUAAUAAACCUGGCACAUCCAGUAUCCACCACAAGGAGGAUUCUGGAGCAAGUUUCUCAU